GACGGUCGGAGCACCCGUUGCGGAAUCCUCGGGGAAACCCGAUAAAUUUUAAAACCAGACGGUUUUUCGGAGCUUGGAGUAGAAAAAAAAGGGGCCUCGUUCUAGUGUGCCGGGUUCACGUCUGGUGUCGCUAUGAAACCGGGUACAAGUUCAGACUUCAGAGUUCAGACUUCAGUCGAGUUAUGACUCUCGCACGAGCGUUACGCAGUUGCUCCCGGAUGAUGAGGAUGGGGAGCUUUACGUCAGCACCCAAGAUCCUCAACGAAGACACUGAGGACAACGAUGUCCAGCUGCCGGAUAAGAUGUCCAAGGAGGAGCUGCUGAAGUAUUGCUCAUCGCAGAUUGGAGGGAGCAUCCUUCUCCAAAGGCCUUUUAAAUCCGCUGGAAUAGUCAAUCUGGCAAACUACAAGAGUGAAGUUCCCCCUUUAAAAGAUCCAUCUUCAGUCCGAGUGCUCCAAUGGAACCUUUUAUCUCAAACGUUGGGGCUUAACAACGACAACUUUGUCUGUUGCCCAGUGGAAGCCCUUCAUUGGCAGAGAAGGCGUAAUCUGCUUACACAGGAGAUCGUGAGGUUUUCCCCAGACAUCAUUUGUCUGCAAGAAGUGGACCACUUUAAUUAUCUGAAAAAGGUACUCGGGACUCAAGGGUACGAAGGGAUGUUUUUUCCCAAGCCCGACUCUCCCUGCAUGUACAUCAAGGAAAAUAAUGGGCCAGAUGGGUGCGCUAUUUUCUUUAGAACUAACAAAUUCGAGCUGAUCAAGGCCGUUACAAGAAUACUUGAAGUCUGGAAAGUGCAAAGCAAUCAAGUGGCUCUUUUAGCAAUUUUGAGAAAUCGUUCAUGUGGUACGGAAUUGUGUGUUGCCACAACUCAUCUUAAGGCAAGGAACGGUGCACUCUUGGCAGCUCUGAGGAACGAGCAAGGAAAAGACCUCUUAGAAUUUAUAUCAUCUGAAGCAAAUGGCCGGCCAGUGAUUUUAUGUGGCGAUUUUAAUGCUGAGCCUAUCGAACCUGUUUAUUCGAGUAUCACAUCUCACCCUGGUUUAAGGCUGGCCUCGGCUUACUGUACGUCCCAAGGCGAACCCCCGUACACUACCUGGAAGGUUCGUCAAGAAGGCGAAGUCUGUCACACAUUAGACUACAUAUUCUACUCAAAAGGCAAGUUCAAAGUCAAUGACGUUCUCCAAUUUCCAACAAGCGAACAGAUUGGAAUAAACCGUGUCCCCUCGUUUUUCUACCCUUCCGAUCAUUUUUCACUAGUCUCCGAUCUUAACAUAAACCAAAAUUUACUUAACUCGUAAUACCAAAAGGGAACAUAAAAUUUCUUUAAGAUUUAAGACUAUGUAUAUAUUUUAUAUAUAUUUAUUUUA